CAAUAGUUAUGGCGCGAAAACAGAGAAACCAUGGACAGAUGUUUUUGUGGUUGUGUUUAGACCAAUUUAAUUUCAUUAUUUAAAAUAAUCACUGAUGACGGGAUUUAUUAAUAGUGAAUAAAAUUUUAUUGUAUUAUUUAAAAUAAAUCUGAUAUAAUCAUGGGUAUCACGGGUUUGAUACCGUUUUUAGAAAAGGCAUCAAGACAAGCAACUAUUAGUGAAUUUAGUGGUUGUACUGUAGCAAUUGAUUCAUAUUGUUGGCUACAUAAGGGUGCUUUUGGAUGUGCAGAUAAGUUAGUGCGUGGAGAAGAAACUAACGGGCACGUAACAUAUUGUUUGAAAUAUGUGAAUAUGCUUUUAUCACAUAAUAUUAAACCAAUAUUAGUAUUUGACGGAAGGCAUCUCCCUGCAAAGGCAAUGACUGAAUCCAAAAGAAGAGAGUCUCGUAAUGGGGCAAAAAAACGUGCUGCAGAAUUGUUAAGUCUUGGAAAAAUAAGCGAAGCUCAAUCAUUAAUAAGACGUAGCAUAGAUAUCACUCAUGCUAUGGCUCUGGCACUCAUCAAAGAAUGUAGAAACAUGAAUGUCGACUGCAUAGUAGCACCUUAUGAAGCGGAUGCACAACUUGCCUACCUCAACAUCAAGAAUAUUGCUCAACUAGUCAUUACCGAAGACUCUGACUUGAUAUUAUUUGGAUGCAAUAAAGUAUUUUUCAAAAUGGACCUUGAAGGCAGAGGCACACUUGUCGACACUAUAAAGCUGCCAUUAGUAAUGAAGUGUCCAAUAGAACACUACACAUUUGACAAGUUUAGGAGGAUGUGUAUCAUGUCAGGAUGCGAUUAUUUGGCUUCUUUGCCAGGCAUAGGACUUGCUAAGGCGCGUCAGUUUGUCACCACCACGCAAGAUCCCAGCUUUGCCAAUGCCCUUAGGAAAGUUCCCAGUUUCUUCAAGCGACCAUCCCUAAUAGUUACAGAUGAUUACCGAGAGAGUUUCUUGAAAGCAGAAGCUACAUUCAAACACCAGUAUGUUUACGACCCAAUAGAUAGAGCUAUGGUGAGAUUGACAGACCCUGACGAUGAAGACAUUGAAAAAGCAUUAUGUGUUAAUGCUGGUGAAUUAUUAGACCCAGAUAUCGCUUUUCAAUUGGCGUUGGGAAAUUUGGACCCCUUUACCUUGGAGAAAAUGGAUGACUGGCAUCCAGACCAUCGAAGUGUGGAUACACAAUCCAUAAAGACUGGCAGUUGGAAACAGAAGCUAUCCAAACAUCCAAGUAUAUGGUCAACAGAAUAUAGAACAUAUCUCGACAAUCACUGCCCAUGGAAGAAGAAAGUAAAGAAGCUUGAGCCGAUUAUAGCGAAACCCCAGACGAGGCCGCGGCAAAAUGUCCAUCUAGUGAGUAGGAAUGUGCCGGAAACGCAGGACGAGAGUUUAUCAGUAGAAGCUUUGAGCCAAAUGUACAUGAUACCUGCUAGUAAAAGGCAAAAACUUGAUCUGAAUGACGAGAAUGGUAUGACCCAAACAGAUGACGAAAUGUUACAAGAAAUAACACAAAAGGAAAAAUCACCGAUACUUGAAAACAAGCAGAGGUCCUUUAAGAAAUUUAUGAGUAAUGGCCUUGAAAAACGCCUUAGUAAAUUCCCUAAAACAAUAAUAGGUAAUAAUGUAGUUGAGAGUAAAUUUUUCAACAAUUCUGAUAGCGGAAUAGUUAUCAUGGAGAGCGAAGAUAUAGAAGAUACUAGAACAACCAGAAAUCCAUUCAAAAUAAAAAUUGAAUCUCAAAGUUCUGGUUUUGAUACACAAUGUUCCGAAAUACCAGAUUCGCAAUUUUCUGAUAUGCCUGAAUCUCAAUUACCAUUAUCUCAAAAGGAAAACAUAGACAAUAGCCCAACAAAAAGGCCAAUAAGUCCAAUAUUGGACCCAAGUCCACAUCGCAAUCCAUUUAAAACAUUGACAAAAAUGCCCACAUUUGAUGUAAAUACUCAGGAUUCUGUGAUUGAAGACACUUUUUCUGUGGGCUGUUUGGAUGCUCCUAUAGAUUCACAGACGACCUUCUGCGAAUCUCCCGUAAAAAGUAGUCAAGCGACGACUAGUCAGAAAUCGCCGCCUAUAUUUAAUAGUCAACCCACCAAAUUCGGCGCCAAAACGAAUGGUCUUAGAAAAACACCAUUAAAAAAGACUGUAUCGUUGCCGAGCAAUCAACCCACAUUGUUGAGCAAGUUUGGAUUCCAGAAGAAACCUAUGUUAAGAAAAAGUUGAAGAAUUUUACAACGAUAAAGAAGUGUGCAUUAUUUAAGUUUUAAGCAUUUGAAGAGUACAUUUAUUUAUAUUUAAUGACUAAGUAAACCAUACUUGGUAAUGUGUUAUAAUUAUGAUUGAAUUUGUGAUAGAAAUAAUGAUGUGAUAUAUUUUUAA